AUGGAGGGGCGCGGGUUAGGUCCCACGACGGACGUUACCGUUAAUGUUUCCGGCACGGUGACGCUACCGCUGCACCUUCAGGCGCUGGAGAGUCUUGAGGACCCCGUGCUUCAAACGGAGAUCAUGCAGGAGGCCGCACGUCUUGCAAUUGCUGAGAAGCUCGGCUCCUUUGACAAUAUGCACGUCACCGCCGUACACAAAUGCGGCAACCCUAUCUGUGAGGCGAGGCUGGACUUUGCAGAGCUCUGCUGUGCCAUCGCAAAUGUGCAGCACGCCUACGAGCAUACCAUGGCUCAUCUCUUGCAGAUUCAGCAGAUAGUCGAGAAGAGAGGGAAACAGACGGAGGAAGAGAAGAUGAGUAAAGAAGAGGAAGCUGGUACGGAAAAUGUGCUUGCCGAUAUCCGUCAAGUGCUUCGACGCGCGCUGGAAGGCCCAGGCGAGGCCCCAUUUGCGUCAGCCAUUCGCGCAUCCACACGCACUAACACUGCGGCAGAGAAUGAGGCCCGAUCUGAUGAUGACAACGAUGAUGGGGCGGGGUUUUAUAGCGGCGUGUGCGAUCCGGAGGCAGAUGGCUACGUCCCGUUGCUGGAUCACCACGACACAGCGUCGGAGGAGGAAGUGGAGGCAACAGGUGUGAAUUUGACAGAUACUGUGGCCGUUGAGCGGUAA